AUGGCUAGAAAGGCUUUGGGUGUCUGCUUGAUACUCUUGCCAUGGCUGGCGUUAAGGCUUGGCAAGAUGACUGAGGCUUGGAGAGCCUGUUGGGACCAGCUGCAUUGCAUGCCAGAAUGUUGUUUGAAGUGCAGUGCCUCUCGUGACGGGGCCCAAGUCGCAGCGAGCGCUGCAUGCGACAUCAUGAUUCUGAACCGAGGAAUUCGCUCAUUUACCAUGAGGGCAGCGGGCUACACAGCAGCUGCAGCAGCCUUUUCGCCCGCACCUCUGGCCACAAGUGCCCUGGUCUUUGGAGCGGCAAAUGGCAUUGGAUUUGUCGUGUCCCUGGCUACAGGAUGGCACUACCAUUUAGACUUGUUGGGUACCGGUGCAUUCUCUGCUUUUGCGUUUGCUUUGCGGGGCACUCACUGGCGGCAGCAGGUCAGUGCUGCCUGCAUCGGGAUCUGGGGCGCGAAGUUAGCCGCAUUUCUGUUCUACCGCGCGCUGCAGACGCACCAUGACGCGCGGUUGGAGGAGGUGCUGGCUGGGCUGUCUGGCACCUUUGGCUUUUGGUUCAUCUCUUUCUUGUGGGGCUGGGUGGUGUCACUGCCACAUGCUCUUGCAGCUGGCGUGCCGCUUGGAGCGCGACCUGCCUUCUCUUGGUUGGAUGUCGUCGGCCUUGGCAUUUUCGCGCUGGGCUUGAUGCUGGAGACUUUGGCCGACUGGCAGAAGUGGCGCUUCAAACAGGACCCAGACUCCAGGGGGAAGUUCUGCGACGUGGGCGUGUGGCAGUUGUCGCGCCGACCCAACUGGUUUGGCAACCUCUUGCUUUGGAGUGGCAUAGUUGUGCUGAAUUCGACCACGCUGGCGGCAGCAGGCCCCCUCCCCGCCGCCGCAAGCCUGGUGAGUCCCUUGUUCUUGCUGGCGCUCUUCCUCGGCCAAGCAAGCGGGGCAAUCACGAAAACCGUUGAGAUGGAGAAGGAAAAGUACGGGAGUGACCCGGCUUACCAGGAGUAUCUGCAGCAAACUCCGAUGCUUUUCCCGUCUGGGCACAGUGUGUUGAGGACCUUGGGCUUCAUAGAGUGA